AAAGCCCCGGGGUUCCGAGUGCGCAGGGUGGUGAGGCCCGAAAAGGUUCCGCCGGUGCGCGUGAGUUUGCCUGGAGGUCCCUCGGGCUGCGAUACCGUGUGCUUGCUUUCAGCCGGCGGUGCCCUUGCGACGCAGGAGGUUUAGCCCGCUGCUUAGUUCUGACUAAACAUCCCCGAGAUGGUGCGCAGGCGAUGAGCCGCAUCUUCACUGGAAUCCUUGGCGGUGGUCCUCGUCUGUCAAUGGGCUUGGAGUGUGCCCAGGCCCUUAGACAGAAGGAGGAGGUGGUCCAAAUGGGCUCCUGGGCUGAAGGGAUGCUGAGGAAUCCCCAGCAACUCUCCUUUGAACCGGAGGUCCUCACCUCAAGGAUGGUCAGGUUCAGCUUUUGACUCCCACUUAAAAGAUGGCUGGUGGAUGACAGAUGUGUGGUACAACCAGAGGCAGGUGAUCUUUGUAAUCCGCCCAAAAAAUUCCGAGAUUGCCUUUUUAAAGUGUGUCCUAUGAACCGAUAUUCUGCACAGAAACAAUACUGGAAAGCUAAACAAGCCAAACAGGGGAACCACACAGAAGCAGCUCUGUUGAAGAAACUGCAACACGCAGCUGAACUGGAACAAAAGCAGAAUGAAUGUGAGAACCGGAAGUUGCUGGGUGAAAUUGUGAAAUACAGCAAUGUCAUCCAGCUCCUUCAUAUAAAAAGCAACAAAUACCUUACCGUCAAUAAAAGAUUGCCAGCUUUGUUGGAAAAGAAUGCCAUGCGGGUCUCUUUGGAUACUGCUGGGAAUGAAGGCUCCUGGUUCUACAUCCAGCCCUUUUGGAAAUUGCGAAGUGAAGGGGACAAUAUUGUUGUUGGAGAUAAAGUUGUCCUGAUGCCAGUUAAUGCGGGACAACCACUGCACGCCAGCAACAUAGAACUCUUGGAUAAUCCAGGAUGCAAGGAGGUAAAUGCAGUCAAUUGUAAUACCAGUUGGAAAAUAACCUUAUUCAUGAAAUAUAGUUGCUACAGAGAAGAUGUGCUUAAAGGUGGAGAUGUUGUCAGGUUGUUCCAUGCUGAACAGGAGAAGUUUCUGACCUGUGAUGAAUAUCAGCAGAAGCAACAUAUUUUCCUUCGCACAACUUUGCGUCAGUCAGCCACUUCUGCAACCAGCUCUAAAGCCCUGUGGGAAAUAGAGGUGGUGCAUCAUGAUCCCUGCCGUGGUGGUGCAGGGCAAUGGAAUAGCCUAUUCAGAUUUAAACACCUGGCAACUGGAAACUAUUUGGCUGCUGAACUUAAUCCACACUAUCCAGAAGGUUGCAAUGGGGAAAAGACUCCGCAGAAAGACAAUGAACUUUUAACUUCAAAGAAGAAACGGCAGGCAGGAGAGAAGAUUAUGUACACGUUGGUGUCUGUUCCUCAUGGAAAUGACAUUGCGUCUCUUUUUGAACUGGAUGCUACCACUCUUCAACGGGCUGACUGCCUGGUUCCAAGGAAUUCAUACGUUCGGCUGAGACAUCUUUGCACCAACACUUGGGUGACCAGCACUAGUAUCCCAAUAGACAAAGAUGAAGAAAGGCCUGUAAUGUUAAAGAUUGGAACCUGUCAGACAAAAGAAGACAAAGAAGCAUUUGCAAUUGUGUCUGUUCCUCUGUCUGAGGUUAGAGACUUGGAUUUUGCUAAUGAUGCCAACAAGGUUUUAGCAUCAACAGUAAAAAAUUUGGAGAAUGGCUCUGUAACUCAAAAUGAAAGGAGGUUUGUAACUAAGCUUUUGGAAGAUCUCAUUUUCUUUGUUGCUGAUGUGCACAACAAUGGCCAAGAAGUUUUGGAUGUGGUGGUUAUUAAGCCCAAUCGAGAGAGGCAGAAAUUAAUGAGGGAACAAAAUAUAUUGGAACAGAUUUUUGGAAUAUUGAAAACUCCAUUUAAAGAGAAAGCUGGAGAAGGAGCCAUGUUGAGACUUGAAGACUUGGGCGACCAGAGAUACGCCCCAUACAAAUACAUGCUUAGGCUUUGCUACAGAAUCCUCCGUCAUUCUCAACAGGACUACAGAAAAAACCAGGAAUACAUUGCUACCAAUUUCUGCAUCAUGCAGUCUCAAAUUGGCUAUGAUAUCUUGGCAGAAGAUACUAUCACAGCUUUGUUGCACAACAACAGAAAGCUACUGGAAAAACAUAUCACAGCUAAAGAAAUAGAGACAUUUGUGAGUUUACUCAGGAGGAAUCGAGAGCCAAGGUUCUUGGACUAUCUAUCAGACCUGUGUGUUUCUAACACAGCUGCAAUUCCAGUCACUCAGGAACUUAUUUGUAAAUACAUGCUGAGUCCAGGAAACGCAGACAUUCUCAUUCAGACCAAGCUGGUUUCAAUGCAAAUGGACAACCCCUUGAAUUGCUCUUCCCUUUCUGAUGAUAUGGAAGAAGAAGAGGUCUGGUUGUACUGGAUUGACAGUAACAAGGAGCCUCAUGGAAAGGCUAUCAGACAUCUUGCUCAGGAAGCGAAGGAGGGCACGAAAGCUGAUUUGGAGGUCCUUACGUACUACAGGUAUCAAUUGAACCUGUUUGCAAGGAUGUGUUUGGACCGCCAGUAUUUGGCUAUAAAUCAGAUUUCCACCCAGCUUUCAGUGGAUUUGAUCUUACGUUGCAUGUCAGAUGAAUGUCUGCCUUACGACUUACGAGCAUCUUUCUGUCGCCUAAUGCUACAUAUGCACGUAGACAGAGAUCCUCAGGAGACAGUGGUUCCUGUGAAGUAUGCCAGACUGUGGACUGAAAUUCCUACCAAGAUCACUAUCUAUGAGUAUGACUCCUUCACAGAUUCAUCACGAAAUGACAUGAAGAGGAAAUUUGCUUUCACAAUGGAAUUUGUAGAAGAUUACUUGAAAGAAGUUGUAAAUCAGCCUUUUCCUUUUGGAGACAAAGAGAAGAACAAGCUUACAUUUGAGGUGGUGCACCUGGCUCGCAAUCUCAUAUACUUUGGUUUUUAUAGUUUCAGUGAACUACUCAGGCUGACCAGAACCCUAUUGGCUAUCCUCGAUAUUGUACAAGUGCCUAUGUCAUCCUACUUUGAAAGAUUAAGCAAAUUUCAGGAUGGAGGAAACAAUGUCAUGAGAACAAUUCAUGGUGUGGGAGAGAUGAUGACUCAAAUGGUUCUCAGCAGAGGUUCUAUCUUUCCUAUCUCUUCACCUGAUAUUCCCCCAGUUGUCCACCGAAGCAAACAAACCAACAUUGUGGAGAGCGAAGAUGUCACUGUGAUGGAUACCAAGUUAAAAAUUAUUGAGAUUUUACAGUUUAUUCUUAGCGUUCGGCUUGACUACAGAAUAUCCUACAUGCUGUCUAUUUACAAGAAGGAAUUUGGGGAGAACAAUGAAAAUGUUGAUAAUUCCACAGCAUCUCCACCCGACUCACCAACGAUCACCUCAGCAGCUGUUCCUGAUAUAGAUGAAAUUGCUGCAGAAGCAGAAACUAUGUUUGCUGGCAGAAAAGAAAAGAAUGCUGUGCAACUAGAUGAUGAAGGGGGCAGGACGUUUUUGCGAGUUCUCAUUCAUCUUAUAAUGCACGAUUACCCACCUUUGCUUUCAGGAGCCCUGCAACUGUUGUUUAAACACUUCAGUCAGCGAGCAGAAGUUCUGCAAGCAUUCAAGCAGGUACAGUUGCUGGUGUCUAACCAAGAUGUGGACAGUUACAAGCAAAUUAAAACUGACCUUGACCAGCUAAGGCUGACUGUAGAAAAAUCAGAACUUUGGGUUGAAAAAAGCAGUAAUUAUGAAAAUGGAGUAUUGGGUGAAAAUCAGACAAAAGGGAGCGAUGAACCUAUUGAAGAUUCAAGUAUGUUAAGUCCAGUCCAAGAUGGGAGUAAGAAACCUCAGAUUGAUAUCAAUAAGAGUAACAACUAUAAUAUAGUUAUGGAGAUUUUGAUCCGAUUGCGAGGGCUCUGCGUUCAAAAUAAGAAAUGUCGAAAUCAGCAGCAACGCUUACUUAAAAAUAUGGGAGCCCACAGUGUUGUGCUGGAUCUUCUUCAGAUACCAUAUGAGAAGACUGACAAAAAGAUGAAUGAAAUUAUGACCUUAGCUCACCUGUUUCUUCAGAACUUCUGUCGUGGAAAUCCUCAGAAUCAAAUACUUCUCCAUAAACACCUCAACCUAUUCUUAACCCCUGGGCUUCUUGAGUCUGAAACCAUGCGGCACAUAUUCACAAACAAUUACCACUUGUGCAACGAAAUUAGUGAGCGGGUGGUACAGCAUUUUGUCCACUGCAUUGAGACACACGGCCGCCAUGUUGAAUAUCUGCGUUUUCUGCACACCAUUGUGAAGGCCGAUGGCAAAUAUGUCAAGAAAUGUCAGGACAUGGUUAUGACAGAGCUAGUCAACGGGGGUGAAGAUGUCUUAGUGUUCUACAAUGACAGAGCAUCUUUUCCAAUCCUCCUUCAAAUGAUGUGCUCUGAGCGAGACCGAGUAGAUGACAGUGGGCCUUUGGUUUAUCACAUCACCCUGGUGGAACUGCUAGCAGCCUGCACAGAAGGCAAAAAUGUCUACACUGAGAUCAAGUGUAAUUCUCUCCUUCCAUUGGAUGACAUAGUGCGAGUAGUGACUCAUGAUGACUGCAUACCUGAGGUGAAAAUUGCCUAUGUGAACUUUGUCAAUCAUUGCUAUGUGGACACUGAAGUAGAAAUGAAGGAAAUCUACACCAGUAACCAUAUCUGGAAGCUGUUUGAGAAUUUUCUGGUUGAUAUGGCAAGGGUUUGUAACACCACUACAGACAGAAAACAUGCAGAUUUAUCUCUUGAAAAAUAUGUCACUGAACCAGUAAUGAGUAUAGUGAGUGGCUUUUUCAGUUCUCCGUUUUCAGACAACAGCACAAGUCUCCAG